AUGCCCGGUUUGCUCGGAACUCCCACUCUCGCGAAGAUGACUGUCGACGUCGUUGGGCGUCUUUGGCGACGUCUGAAGAAGUCGAAGAAGCAGGGUCCCGAGCAGGGUCCUGAGCAGGGUCCUGAGCAGGAUCUGCACGCUUUCUACUCGGACAGCUCCGAUUCCAUUGAAUACUCGGACAGUAACCCAGACACUCUUGAGUGCUUCGAGACCAUCCAGGGAUGGGUCAAUGGUACUUCUGACACCUAUGACUUCUUUGGUGCUUGGCGCCACCCCUCGGAGCCCUCCUCCGUCGGUAAGUAUGAGCGAUUGUCGAAACAGCACGAGACAACUGACAACCAGCAAGUUUCUUUCGAUGGCGAGGUCGAUCUCUUCUGCGGCGUUAGCGUCCGCGGCGAUCUCGUCGAGCCUGUCGAGGCCGUCGAGCCCACCGUGCCCACCGUGCCCGUCAAGCCCGCCAAGCGCGGCAUCAAGGACGUUUUCAAGAACGUCAAGGCUGCCUUUAAGCAGCGCAACACUUCCGGUUAG